UUUGUUAGUGCUAUUUUACAAAUGGUGGAUGACAAUCAGUUUUGAGUCAUGUGGGGUAGAAGAAAUAUUAGAUUUAUGUGAAUUAUACAUAUAAAAUUAUAUGUAAAGAGAGCAUUCCUAUACCCUUCUAGUAUAUUUGGAUAAAGAGAGAUAAAUAAAAAGAAAAUAUAUAAAACUUUAAAUAAAGAGCUAUUAUUUGCUAAAAUUAACCGUGUCGGUUUUGUUGAAAUAGAAGUUUUCCUACAAUUGAUAUUUCAAUCAAGGUCAAGAGAUUUGAAUUGUGAUAAAAUUGUGAAAAUGGAGGUGGAUUAUAGCAGCAACUGCGAUAUAAAAAUUCCAGAAUGUAAAAAACUAGCACAUGAAGGAAAGCUACAUGAUGCUUUGGAUCAAUUAUUAGCAUUAGAAAAAUUAACACGAACAAGUGCAGAUAUGACAUCUACAUCACGGAUCCUUGUGGCUAUUGUUCAAAUUUGCUUAGAAGCAAAGAACUGGGCUGUUUUAAAUGAACAUAUAGUGUUGUUAUCCAAACGACGUUCUCAGUUAAAACGAGCUGUUACAAAAAUGGUUCAGGAAUGUUGCACCUACGUAGAUAAAAUGCCUGAUAAAGAGACCAAAAUAAAGUUAAUAGAAACAUUGCGCACUGUAACUGAAGGAAAGAUAUACGUAGAAGUUGAAAGAGCAAGGCUUACCCAUCGCUUGGCAAAAAUCAGAGAAGAGGAUGGAGAUAUCUCAGGUGCAGCAGCUGUUAUGCUGGAGUUACAGGUUGAAACAUAUGGUACCAUGUCACGUUUGGAGAAAGCAUCUCUUAUUCUAGAGCAAAUGCGAUUAUGUUUAGCAAAAAAAGAUUUUAUGCGUACACAAAUAAUAGCAAAGAAAAUUAAUGUUAAAUUCUUUAGUGAUGAAAAUGAUGAAGAAACUCAGACUCUCAAAUUGAAAUAUUAUGAUCUAAUGAUGGAAUUGGCCCGGCAUGAAGGCUGGCAUUUAGAAUUAUGUAGACAUAAUCGAGCAGUGUUGGAAACUCCAGCUGUUAGAGAUGAUCCUGAAAAAAGACACGCAGCUCUUUCACGUGCUGUUCUUUAUCUUGUACUUGCACCACAUGAACCAGAACAAGCUGAUUUGACCCAUAGGCUGCUUAAUGACAAACUUCUAGAUGAAAUACCAACAUACAAAGAACUGUUACGUCUUUUUGUAAAUCCAGAACUAAUAAAAUGGUCAGGACUGUGUGAAAUUUAUGAAAAAGAUCUUAAAGCUACGGAAGUUUUUAGUACUUGGACUGAAGAAGGUCGUAAGCGAUGGGCUGAUCUCCGAAAUCGCGUCGUUGAACAUAACAUUAGGAUUAUGGCAAAAUAUUACACAAAAAUUACAUUAACUCGCAUGGCAGAAUUAUUGGAUUUACCGGUUGAAGAAACUGAAGCAUGUCUAUGCAGUUUAGUAGAAACUGGUGUGAUAAAUGCUCGUACAGAUCGACCAGCCGGUGUAGUUCGUUUCACAGGAACCCAAGAACCAGCUGCUCUUUUGGAUGCUUGGGCUGCAUCUUUAUCAAAAUUAAUGAGUCUUGUCAAUCAUACAACUCAUCUUAUUCACCAAGAAGAAAUGUUGGCCGUAGCUCAAUCCUGAAAGAUAAAUUUCUCCUUUCUCUUUCUCCCUUAUUCUCUGCCCCUUUUCCCUCCUCUCUUUACACUAUACUCUCUUUUUCUUCAAAUUUCUUCUUUACUAAAUCCUUUAUAAAAAUUAUUUGUACGAAACUACUACACAUAAACAAUUAUACAGUUUGUAUGUGCAACCUAAAGAAGGCAUUUAACGAGCUCCUUUCGAUCUGUUUUUAACGCGUGUACUAGAUCGUAAAAUAAACAUUAUGCGAAGUAUAAAA